GCAGCCCCCCUCCCGAAGCCUCUGGAGGAAAAGCCCCGGGCGUCCCCCGGCAUGUCCCAUCUCGCGGCGGGGUGCGCGGCCGCCGGCCCUUGGGAGAAGUGGGGCGGCCCGGGGCGGCCCCGGGGACGAGCGGCCGCGGUUGUGCAGCGGUUGUAAGCAAGAUGCGGUAGCACGUGACCUGGAACGCGAACCCUGAUGCCGGUUCCCCGCCACGCGUGUGCUCUUUUCUCUGGUGCUCGGCCGAAAGCUCAUGCGUCGCAGGAUGAAUGAUAUGAACCUGAGCCCAGUGGGGAUGGAGCAGCUGACUUCAUCCUCUGUGAGCAAUGCCUUGCCAGUCUCAGGGAGUCACCUGGGGUUGGCUGCCUCACCCACUCACAAUGCCAUCCCUGCCCCAGGCCUGCCAGUGGCAAUUCCAAACCUGGGUCCCUCCCUGAGCUCUCUGCCAUCUGCUUUAUCUCUGAUGCUCCCAAUGGGUAUUGGCGAUCGAGGGGUGAUGUGUGGAUUACCCGAAAGAAACUACACCCUACCUCCACCACCUUACCCCCACCUGGAGAGCAGUUAUUUCAGAACUAUUCUACCUGGCAUUUUAUCUUAUUUAGCUGACAGACCACCUCCUCAGUACAUCCACCCCAACUCUAUAAAUGUUGAUGGUAAUACAGCAUUAUCUAUCGCCAAUAAUCCUUCAGCACUAGAUCCCUAUCAGUCCAAUGGAAAUGUUGGAUUAGAACAAGGCAUUGUUUCAAUAGACUCUCGCUCUGUGAACACACAUGGUGCCCCAAGUCUUCAUCCCAGUGAUGGCCAUGAGGUGGCCUUGGACACAACGAUCACUAUGGAGAAUGUCUCUAGGGUUACCAGCCCCAUCUCUACAGAUGGAAUGGCAGAAGAGCUUACAAUGGACGGUGUUGCAGGCGAGCAUUCUCAAAUCCCGAAUGGCUCCAGAAGUCAUGAACCUCUGUCUGUGGAUUCUGUGAGCAGCAACCUUGCAGCAGACACUGUAGGGCAUGGUGGUGUGAUACCCAUUCAUGGGAAUGGCCUGGAGCUCCCUGUGGUCAUGGAGGCAGACCACAUUGCAAGUCGGGUCAAUGGGAUGUCUGACAGUGCCCUCAGUGACUCCAUCCACACCGUGGCCAUGAGCACCAACUCUGUAAGCGUGGCACUCUCUACCUCACACAACCUCGCCUCCCUAGAAUCUGUUUCCCUCCAUGAAGUUGGCCUAAGCCUAGAACCUGUGGCUGUCUCCUCCAUCACCCAGGAGGUUGCUAUGGGGACAGGUCAUGUAGAUGUGGCUUCAGACAGUCUUUCUUUUGUACCACCUUCACUGCAAAUGGAAGACUCCAAUUCAAACAAGGAAAAUAUGGCAACCUUGUUUACAAUUUGGUGCACACUGUGUGACCGAGCCUAUCCCUCAGAUUGCCCCGAUCAUGGACCAGUGACUUUUGUUCCUGACACUCCAAUAGAGAGCAGAGCGAGGCUUUCUCUCCCAAAGCAGCUUGUACUCCGCCAGUCAAUUGUGGGAGCAGAAGUUGGUGUAUGGACUGGAGAAACCAUUCCUGUGCGGACUUGCUUUGGGCCUCUCAUUGGCCAGCAAAGUCACUCCAUGGAAGUAGCAGAAUGGACAGACAAGGCAGUUAACCAUAUCUGGAAGAUAUACCACAACGGUGUUCUAGAAUUCUGCAUCAUUACAACUGAUGAAAAUGAAUGUAACUGGAUGAUGUUUGUGCGCAAAGCCAGGAACCGGGAAGAGCAGAAUUUGGUGGCUUAUCCCCAUGAUGGAAAAAUUUAUUUCUGCACCUCACAAGAUAUCCCUCCUGAAAACGAACUACUUUUUUAUUACAGCCGGGAUUAUGCUCAGCAGAUUGGGGUUCCUGAACACCCAGAUGUUCACCUCUGUAAUUGUGGCAAGGAGUGUAAUUCGUAUACAGAAUUCAAAGCCCAUCUGACCAGCCACAUCCAUAACCAUCUUCCUAGCCAGGGCCACAGCAGCAGCCACAGGCCCAGCCACAGCAAAGAAAGGAAGUGGAAGUGCUCAAUGUGCCCCCAAGCUUUUAUCUCUCCUUCCAAACUUCAUGUCCACUUUAUGGGUCACAUAGGUAUGAAGCCCCAUAAGUGUGAUUUCUGUAGCAAGGCUUUUAGUGAUCCCAGCAAUCUGCGGACCCACCUCAAGAUACAUACAGGUCAGAAGAACUACAGGUGUACUUUGUGCGACAAGUCUUUCACCCAGAAGGCCCACCUGGAGUCUCACAUGGUUAUCCACACGGGCGAGAAGAAUCUCAAGUGUGAUUACUGUGACAAGUUGUUUAUGCGGAGGCAGGACCUCAAGCAGCAUGUGCUCAUCCACACACAAGAACGCCAGAUCAAGUGUCCCAAGUGUGACAAGCCGUUCUUGAGAACAAACCAUUUAAAGAAACAUCUCAAUUCACACGAAGGAAAACGGGAUUAUGUCUGUGAAAAAUGUACAAAAGCUUAUUUAACCAAAUAUCAUCUCACCCGUCACCUGAAAACCUGCAAAGGGCCCACCUCCAGUUCGUUAACACAAGAGGAGGAAGAGGAGGAUGACUCAGAAGAGGAAGAAUUAGCAGACGCCGUGGGGACAGAAGACUGUCGGGUGAACAGUGCUGUGUAUUCAGCAGAUGAGUCUCUCUCAGCACAUAAAUAAAAGACUCCAAUUGUUUUGGAUGAAAAAUGCAAAGGAAAAAACACACACAAACAGUUACCCCUACAAUGGUUUUUAUAUAAAUGGUUUCUGACUUCCUUCUAGCCAACAGUCAAAACAGACUGAAUGGGAAUGGAUGAAGCACUUAUGGGGAGUAUCCUAAUGAAAACACUAAAACAGGUUGGGAAAAGAGACCAUGUGUCCUAUUUUUAAAUGAUGUGUAAGGAGGAAAGUGUCAACUUUUGAGGUCUGUAUUUACAUGAUAAUCUGUGUCACAUUUCUGCCUGAGUCAUAGCUGCCUUCUGCCCAAACAAAUCAAUUUAUUUUCAAGUAUUCUAUUCACUUUUCUUCCCAGUCCUAUGACUUAAUAGUAGUCUAAACUUGGUCCCUGCCUCAUUGUCAUCACAAUUGCUGAUUGUAGUUCCAGUGUUGUAUUUUUUGUGGACUGUUGUGAUUUAUUCAUCCCAGA